AUGUUCAAGCUGGUGGUGUUGUUCUCUGUUCUCGCCUUGGCUGCCGCCAAACCCGGGGUUGUGCCAUUAGCUUAUAGCUAUGGCUAUCCUCUUUCAUCUGUAAGCUCUGUAUCUCAAUACAGUAGUGACGUGGUUCAUGGGUCGCCCCUAGUUGCAGGAGUGCCCGCCGUUUACGGAUCUUAUGCACCAGCACUCUACCCACAGGCUGUGGUUUCUGGAGUAGCUUUGGCCCAGGCCCCCAACUCUCCAGCUGUGGUUUUGGAUGGAGUCAACGGUGUACCUCUGGAUACUCCUGAAGUAGUCGCCGCUCGUGCAGCCCACUAUCAAGCCAAGGCCCUUAAUGUUCACCAUCUGAAAAAACGGUCAGUAGCCCCUGUAGCCUACAGUUCAGUUGUAGCUCCAGUAGUACCCAAUGUAGUUUCCCCUCUUUCCUACUCUUCUUUGGUAUCUUCCUACCCUGCUCCUUAUGUAGCCAGUUAUCCAUCUGCUGUAGCGUCUUAUGGAUAUUCUUCUUUAUUACCAAAGGCAUACUCCGUUCAUCCCUGGUAA